UGAACCUUCUUUCACCUUCCGUCUCAUUUCGCCAAAGUUUCUCCGCUGCGCGUUUCAGAUAAGUUUGUUGCUUUCUUUCCUCUUGCUUUCCUUUUCACUUUCUUUUUCUGGACGUUACUCCCUAAUAUUUCCUUGAUUCCGAAACCUCUCUGUCUAGAUCUGAGGUCAAUUUUGGUUCCUUUUUCUUCUUGAGGUUUUAGUUUCUUGAAAUCUGUUUCAAUCCCUUUGGAUGUCGAUCUGAUUUGGGGCCUGGAAAUUCUGGGUUCUACAUCAAUGAGUCUAAUGUUUCUAUGACACUCAUGCGUCGCGUUCGUCUGAUCCAUUCGUUCUCGGUUGUGUUCCUCUACUGGUUCUACGUUUUCUCAUGAAUUAAUCGAGUCAAAUCGUUGUCUUUGUUUCCAAUUGCAAUCCCAAUUUUUUUGUUGUUGCCCCAAUUGUAGAAACCCUAAUUCAGUUAGUUUUAAUUUUUUUCUUCACAAACACUCAUUCCUAAUUCAUCGAAUUAACAUCCCCUUGGGUAAUUAAUUCUUGGGUUGAAACAUCCAAAAGAAAAAGAAAAGCAGAAUGUCUUCAGUUCAGCAGCAAUCAAGCUCGGGAUCAGAUGGGUCUGCAUCGGUGGACGAGAAGAAGAGGAAGAGGAUGUUGUCGAAUCGCGAAUCGGCGAGGCGAUCGCGGAUGAAGAAGCAGAAGCAAAUGGAUGAUUUGACGAGCGAAAUCACCCGACUGGAGAUGUCAAACAAUCAACUUCAGCAGGGAAUCGAAGUGAAGGAGCGGGGCUACGCUGAGAUAGAGUCUAGGAACAACGUGAUGAGGGCUCAAGUAAUGGAGCUCACCGAUCGUUUGCAGUCGUUGAACUCGGUGCUCCAGAUCUUCGAAGAGGUUAGCGGCCUUGCUGUGGACAUCCCUGAGAUACCUGAUCCGCUGCUGAGGCCGUGGCAGGUUUCCUACCCAACGCAGCUCAUCCCGGCCUCUUCCGACAUGUUUCUCGGCUGACAGUCUUUGAAUAGCUUAAGCUUGUUUUUGUUAUAUGAUCAUUGUACAAGUGUUUUGUGUUUGUUAUUUUGAUGAUGGUCUUUGGAUUUUUGUUAGUCGUCUUUGUUGUUUCGUUUUGGUGUCUUAGUAAUUGUAGUAGUCUCUUUGCACAAGCUUGUUUCAUCUUUCUCUGUAUAAAUGAAAUGUUUGUGGUUGGUGGGUUUGAUAUGAAUCUCUCCUUGUUUU